UUUAAGGCGGGAAGAAGCCCAGAACUUUCCAUCUCUCAGAACGACGUGGCCUCAACCUGUCCGCUGCUCUUCCCCAAGUCCCAACAGGGAGCGUAUGUACUAACGUACGCCGAGUUGCGCGCGUAGCUACGGACCUUCAAAAGCAUCCAACGGAUCCGGACCCAUGCUCCAGAAUCACACCGCCUGGCCCCGCCCGGGAGCGAACACAUCAGUGGAGCACGUUAGCAGAAUGUUCUCGUCCUCCAGGGCGGGAAGCUGCCUCUCUCUCUCUCAACUCAAAAUGACUGACGUGGCCUCAACCCUACCGCACUUCCCUCUCCUCAACCGAUUAAACCUUUCAACAAACGAACUCCCAUGCUGUCACUCUCGCCCGACGCUCCAUCCAACCCCACCAGCUCACGUUAGAAUCGGCUGGUCCGUUCUUUUUAUAGCAUGCGAACUGGCUCCUUUCCACAAAAUCCCGCCCUCUUCUGCCCAGGAACGCCUCCCAUGACUUCAAAACGAAAUUCCCUCAUUUGGUUCCGGAAAGGCCUCCGCAUCCACGACAAUCCAGCCCUCGAUCAUGCCCGCAGGGGCUCGGCCCACCUCUACCCGGUCUUCGUCCUCGAUCCCUACUUCCUCGACCCCGACACGUCCGCUUUCUCGCCCGGCUCGGCCCGGUCCGGUCUGAACCGGAUCCAGUUCCUGCUCGAGAGCCUUGUCGACCUCGAUUCCGGCCUGAAGAAGCUCGGAUCCCGUUUGCUCGUGUUCAGAGGGGAUCCCGUCCAGGUCGUGAUUCGGCUUUUGAAGGAAUGGAAUGUUGGAAAGCUUUGCUUUGAGUUCGACACAGAGCCGUAUUCACAAGUUCGAGAUAAUCAAGUCAAGGAUUAUGCUUCUGCAUCUGGAAUUGAGGUCUUUUCUCCUGUGAGCCACACUCUCUUCAAUCCUGCAGAUGUCAUAAAAAAGAAUGGGGGGAAGCCACCGUUGACUUAUCAAUCAUUUGUAAAUCUUGUCGGGCAACCCCAAUCUCCACUUGCAGAAAUGAUUUCUUGGCUUCCUCCAGUUGGGAAUGUUGGAGACUAUGAAGCACUAAGUGUUCCGACUAUCAAAGAACUUGGCUACGAAGGCAUCAGUCAGGAAGAAUUUUCUCCUUUUCGGGGUGGGGAAUCAGUAGCUCUAAAGAGGUUGAAAGAGUCACUUGAGGACGAGGACUGGGUAGCAAAUUUUGAGAAACCGAAGGGCGAUCCAUCUGCCUUUCUAAAUCCAGCAACGACUGUCCUAUCACCAUAUUUGAAAUUUGGUUGUCUUUCUUCAAGGUACUUCUAUCAAUGCGUCCAUGAUCUUUAUAAGAAGGUCAAAAAGCAUUCCUCACCACCAGUUUCUCUUGCUGGACAGUUAUUAUGGAGGGAAUUCUUCUACACCGUUGCUUUUGGCACUCCUAAUUUUGAUAAGAUGAAGGGGAAUAGAAUUUGCAAACAGAUACCUUGGCAUGAUGACAGUGAGUUGCUUGUGGCUUGGAGAGAGGCUCGGACAGGAUACCCUUGGAUUGAUGCCAUCAUGGUCCAGCUUCGGAAGUGGGGGUGGAUGCACCAUCUUGCACGACAUUCAGUUGCCUGUUUUCUCACUCGUGGAGAUCUGUUUAUUCACUGGGAAAGGGGGCGUGAUGUUUUUGAGAGACUGCUGAUAGAUUCUGAUUGGGCCAUAAACAACGGUAAUUGGCUGUGGCUAUCUUGUUCAUCAUUUUUCUACCAGUAUAACCGUAUCUACUCCCCAACCUCUUUUGGGAAGAAGUAUGAUCCUAAUGGCAAUUAUAUCCGGCACUUUCUCCCUGUCCUGAAAGAUAUGCCAAAGGAGUAUAUAUAUGAGCCCUGGACUGCUCCAUUAAGCAUCCAAACCAAAGCAAAUUGCAUAAUUGGGAAAGAUUAUCCAAAACCAGUGGUGGACCAUGAUAAAGCAAGCAAGGAAUGCAGGAGGAAAAUGGGGGCUGCAUAUGCAUUGAACCGCACGACGGAUGGUUUGGUGAGUGAGAACGACUUGAAUGGCUUAAGGAGAAAACUGGAGGAAGACGAGAGCCACGCUUCCCAGUUUAGAAACCAGAAACAAAAGGUAAUCAAUCAAGCUUGAAACUGCUGCCAUCUAAACUGACAAAAUGCAAUUGACCACACGGCAAUCUCUUGUGAUUUAGGUAAAUGGAUGUUUCAUAUAUUAGAGGAUCGAGUGUAGUUCUGAUGGUGAUUGUCUGUAAAAUGGUAUAAAUAAUUGAGGUUUGUGAACUAAAAUAACCUUGAUUGGUCUAAAUUACUUACUAACAUUCACCCAGCAGCUGUAUGAAUCACAUGCAUAUAACUUGGAUUGAA